UCCAUCCAUCCAUCGAGCACCAACAAGCCACACACACACACACACACACGUACGUACAGAGAGCUAGCUAGCUAGCGCACGAGUCUUCUUCUUCUUCUAGAGAUCGACUGAUCGACGACGACGACGAACGCAAUAUAAUGGGUCCCAACUCGUCGGCGCUGGGCAAGCAGCAGCAGGCGGCGGCGGCCAUGGCGCCGAAGCGGGCGUACGUGACCUUCCUUGCGGGCGACGGCGACUACUGGAAGGGCGUGGUGGGCCUUGCCAAGGGCCUGCGCCGUGUCGGCGCCGCCUACCCGCUGGUGGUUGCCGUGCUCCCCGACGUGCCCGAGGAGCACCGCCGCAAGCUCCGCGACCAGGGCUGCGUCGUCCGCGAGAUUGAGCCCGUGUACCCGCCCGACAGCCAGACGCAGUUCGCCAUGGCCUACUACGUCAUCAACUACUCCAAGCUCCGCAUCUGGGAGUUGGUGGAGUACGAGCGCAUGGUGUACCUUGACGCGGACAUCCAGGUGUACUCCAACAUCGACCACCUGUUCGACCUGGAGAAAGGCAAGUUCCACGCCGUCAUGGACUGCUUCUGCGAGAAGACGUGGAGCCACACGCCGCAGUACAAGAUCGGCUACUGCCAGCAGUGCCCUGAGCGCGUGGCGUGGCCGGAGCAGGAGCAGGAGCAGGAGCUUGGCCCGCCGCCGCCGCUCUACUUCAACGCCGGCAUGUUCGUGCACGAGCCCAGCCUGCGCACCGCGAAAGACCUGCUGGACGCGCUGGUGGUGACGCCGCCGACGCCGUUCGCGGAGCAGGACUUCCUCAACCUCUUCUUCCGCGACGUCUACUCGCCCAUCCCGCCGGUGUACAACCUGGUGCUCGCCAUGCUGUGGAGGCAUCCCGACAAGCUUAAGGUGGUGCGGCUCGACGAGGUCAAGGUGGUGCACUACUGCGCCGCCGGGUCAAAGCCGUGGAGGUACACGGGGAAGGAGCCCAACAUGGACCGCGACGACAUCAAGGCGCUGGUGGCCAAGUGGUGGCACAUCUUCGACGACCAGACCCUCGACUACAACGGCGGCGAGGCGGCGGCGGACCAGGCGAGUCUGCCGCUGCGCCAGGCCCUGGCUCAGGCCGGCGCCGUCAAGUACUUCCCCGCGCCGUCGGCUGCCUAGGCGACGCCGGUUGCAUGCAGGCCGGCCGGGACGACGACGUGCCAAGCAGCUGGGCGAAUCGGUCGGCCGGCUGGUGGCUCCGGUCCUCUACUACUGGCGCUCAACGAGGCGCUUAAUUAUUAUUAUAUUAAUAAUAAUAUGGAUAUGUGUGGAUUAAUUAGCGGUCUACAGGUUUUGGAAUUGUAGACAUUGGCCAGCAGUACAAUCGCUCAUAUAUAUGUUUCGUUAUUUUAGUUUUGUAUGUGGUGAAAUGAAAACCAAAGAAGAAGAAAAAGAGUUUUGAUUUUUUUUUUUAGCUUGAGUAAUUAGGUACGCAUGCAGUGUUGGGAUCUUCCUGCUAUGUACAUCUGCAAAGACAAACAAGCUAGCAUUUUGAAGCUAAUAAAUCUUUUAGUUUUGUAUAA